AUGCCAGACGGAACGUCCCUCCGCCAUCGGCGCAGCGUCGACCUGGAGGCCGUUGCUGCCAAACAGGACCCCGUCCCACCAACGUCACCGGCCGUCAGUGCCAUCACAGACGAUGUCUGGGGUGAGAUGACCUCUGAAGCUAUCCGUCACCGCUGCCUCGCCGGCGCACCACGUAACCCGCUCCACCGUCACCCGGUGCUGCGCCGAAUCUACCUCGUCUUCUUUGUGCUCUCAACACUCCUCAUCCUCGUUCCGGCGUGGACACUGUGGUAUCUGCCCCGCAGCAACCGUCCCCGCCGCUCCUGGACGCUCAAGCGCUGCCUCCGUGUCCGCUGGAGUCGCCGCCUGUGUGCGGUCGUGGCGCGCUGCGAGAUUGACUACCUCGGACGUGACUUUAACAAGGAGCUGGAUCCUCUCAAACUCGCGUUCUCGCACCCCGUCACUGUCCCGCCAGCUCCACGCACGUGGCUGCGUGGUCACCCAGCAGUCAUGCUGAGCCACCUCCGCAGCAGCCGCGGACGGUGGCACCCGGAAUUCGUGCAUCGCGGCCAGCGCGAGCGCGACGGCGUGUGGGGGCGGUGGAACCCCGCUGCGGCUGCUGCGUCCGACGAUAGCGAGAAGCAGACCCACGAGCUGCAGUACGGAUUCGCGCCCGUCCCGGCGUUCUGGUACGAUGGUAUCAAGGACGCGCCCGAGGCUCAGCGCCGGCCUCGUCUCCCCGGCCAACCGGUCAUGCUCCACCUGCACGGCGGCGGGUACGUCUGCGGCACGGCGGCCGAAACGGACCUGACGUCGAGCAUUUCAAAGUCGAUGGUGGCACACACCCCCAUCGGCCACGUCCUCAGCCUCGACUAUCGCCUGGCGCCGACCGCACCGUGGCCCCUGCCCCUCCUCGACGCCAUCAGCGCAUACGCGUACCUCGUCAACGACGAAGGUGUCGACGAGCGCGACCUCGUCAUUGGCGGAGACAGCGCCGGUGGCCACCUCGCACUGGCGUUGACCCGCUGGCUCCGUGACGAAGGCGCCAAGCUGGGUCUCCGCGGCCCUCGCGCGCUCGUGCUCAUGUCGCCGUGGUCCGAUAUCGGCUUCACGCACCAGUGGGGCGAGUCUUCCUUCAAAUUCAACGCCGACAGCGACACGAUCGACAACACGUUUGGUCCAUUCGCGUCCUCGUUGCUCCUCCGUGCUCUGCCGUCGGGAAUCAUGCACGAGAACGAGUACCUCUCCCCAGCCUCGCGGCUAAUCUCGCGGUCGCCAGCGCACUUUUCCCGUUUCCCGCCCGUGUUCGUCGUGCACGGUGGCGCGGAACGGCUCGCCCGCGAGAUCCAGGAGCUCUUUGCGCGCAUCCGUCUCGGCCGCGAACAUGGCGACAUGGAGGACACGCCCGACCACCUCGUCUCUGCGCCUGACGCGGUGCACGACUUUGCCAUCUUCCCCUGGUUUGCAGCCGAGGCCGGAGCCUUGUAUGAGGAGAUGGACGGGUGGCUGCGCGCGCUCCUCGGCGAGGGCAGCGAGAGCGGCAGCAGCAGCGAGGUCGAGGUGGACGCCGACGAAAUGGCCACGUCGGCCAGCGGGCCCUCGUCGCCCGUCUCCCCGCUUCCGCUCUCCCCGCUCGCCCUCGCCCUCUCGGUCACAAACUCGCCGUCGGCGCGGGACAUGCGCCGCCGCACGUCGCUCGCCCGCCGCGCGCUCCGCGACCACAAGUCCCCGCGCCUCCCGGGACACAAGGACACGCCGCGGCAGAUGUAUGCCGACAUGCACGUCGAGGGCCUGCACCUCCUGGACCUCGAGCCGCUCGACCUGGGCGCGGCGGUCGUGGCCCCGUUCACGCCGUUCACGGCGCAGUUUGAGAGGGGCGAGUGGGACUGGGACGGCGAGGCGUGGCAUGAGUUUGGGGCCGGGAGCAGGAGUGCGAGUGACGACGAGGACGAGGGCGAGGGCGAGGGCGACGAGGCGAACGAGUGA